AUUCUUUCUUCCCGUGCCGAUAUCGCUCUUGCAAGCAUGGUUAACGUCCCUAAAACCCGCCGGACUUUCUGUAAGAAGUGUGGCAAGCACGAACCCCACAAAGUGACACAGUACAAGAAGGGCAAGGAUUCUCUGUAUGCCCAGGGAAAGCGGCGUUAUGACAGGAAGCAGAGUGGCUAUGGUGGGCAAACUAAGCCGAUUUUCCGGAAAAAGGCUAAAACUACAAAGAAGAUUGUGCUAAGGCUUGAGUGCGUUGAGCCCAACUGCAGAUCUAAGAGAAUGCUGGCUAUUAAAAGAUGCAAGCAUUUUGAACUGGGAGGAGAUAAGAAGAGAAAGGGCCAAGUGAUCCAGUUCUAAGUGUCAUCUUUUAUUAUGAAGACAAUAAAAUCUUGAGUUUAUGUUCAAAAAAAAA